AUGGAGCAGCGCUGGGAGGAGAAGAACCUGCGGAGAGAAGAAAAGGACAAUCAACUCUCCGAACUCAAAGAGAUGGUUGAGCAGCUGGUCGAGGACAGAAACGCAGCAAGGGCCAGGUGGGAAGCCGAGCAAGACAAACCCACGAUUGAAAACGUGUUGGCAGAGCUUCGACAGCAAAACGAUGAACUUCGCGAAACCCUACAACUCAUGAGAACUGAACUGUCAGAAGAUUCUCAGCGUCAGCAUAACGAGACUCUGGAGGCUGUUAGGGCCACGGCUCAAGAACAAGUCCCUUUCAACAUCCAGGGAUACCUCGAUGAGUUCAGCAAGGCGUUGGCUACCGAAGUGCGUAUGCUUCUGGGCGAGGUUGGCAAGCUACGAGAGGAAAGACGAGCUCUGCAGCACGAAAUUGGCUGUUUGCUCUGCAUGCGAAGCAAGUACGGACCGGAUGGUGAAUUCAACGAAGGCUGGAAACCGCCAGCGGCUGCGCCGACGGAAGCGCCGCCACCUGAAUCCGUUCCCGCUGCUCCAGAAGAGCCUAUUCGCGCUCCACCCGCUUGGCGUACUGUCAGAGAACGAGGACCUUCACGCCGAAGAAGAAGAGAUCAAUCAGCCCCGCCUGCUGCUCCGCAACCGGUCCCUACUGUUGCCCCCAGCAUUCCGGUCGUGACCCAACAGGGAGGCCACACUUCAUGGGCUACCUGGCAACCGGACCCUACCUACGCACCUACACCGCCGAGCCGCGAACCCACAUUACUCGUACCCGAACAACCGAGCCCUGGCCUGUUUGGGCCGCGCUCACCACGAACCUCCGUUCGACAAGGCUGA